UUAAGAUUUGUUGGGGCCAUGGACGAGAGAGAUCAUGAGGGCUCCGGUCGCUCUUAUGUCUGCUAUUACCUUAACCAGAUCAGCUCCAGAGGUUUACCGUUUGGAGACAAUCCUUUGGGUUAUUCGCUUCCUUCUUUUUUGUUACAAUUUUCCCUUGUUUCUAUGGUAACUCGCUUAGUUCAGUUGAUUCUAAGGCCCAUUGGACAGCCCUCGACUGUGGCUCAGAUUCUUGGUGGUGUAUUGUUAGGGCCAUCAGUCUUGGGGCGGAUGAUGCCAUUCUUUGCCAAAGCAUUUCCAAGAAAGUCUAGACUAGUGCUAGAUACAGUAUCGGUUUUUGGUUUCAUGCUCCUUGUUUUCCUAAUUGGUGUGAAAACGGACCUAUCCACGGUUGUGAAAUCUGGUAGAAAGGCUUUGGUUGUGGGCAUCUUAGGUUUUUUUGUACCGCUUGGACUUACCGGAUUAGUUGCCUUUCUCCUAAAUGAAUUCUUGUCUUUGGAUCAUGAUGUUGCAAGAGCACUUCCACAUGUAGUAUUUAUUCUCUCAAUGACAGCUUUUCCUGUUGUAACUUGCUUUCUUGAUGAGCUCAAGAUUCUCAAUUCGGAGAUUGGACGGUUAGCCUCUUCAUCUUCAAUUGUAUGUGAUGUCUGCCUCUGGUUUGUGACAUGUAUAGACUUUAUGGCUGAACUAGCCAAGACAAAUUCACUGAAAGUAAUCAUAGGGUCCUGUGUAUCAGCUGGUUUAUUUAUCAUCAUUGUUGUAUUGGUGAUCCGUCCAGCAGCUCUAUGGGUAAGUCAUCAUACACCAGAAACUAGACCUGUUAAGGAGACAUAUAUCUUUCUAGCCCUUGUCACUGUGAUGGCCUGUGGACUUGCUGGUGAAGUCAUAGGCAUUCAUGCAACUACAGCAUCCUUUGUUCUGGGAUUGAUUGUACCAGAUGGCCCACCAUUAGGUGCAGCAUUAGUCGAGACACUUGAUUGCUUCGUCUCCCUGAUGCUUCUACCACUCUUUUUGGCUGUCUCUGGACUGAAUGUCGACAUUUUUCACAUACAGAACUUAAAAAAUGUCGGAGUUCUGCAAUUGGUUGUUUUGGUAGCAUUCAUCGGGAAACUUAUGGGGUCAAUGUUACCUCUUAUCGUCUGUAGGAUGCCAUUUCGAGAUGCUCUUUCUCUAGGCCUGAUCAUGAAUUCUAAAGGAAUUGUCGAACUUGCCUUCUUGAACGAAAUCAAGAACCACAAUAUUGUGACUGAGGAAAUCUAUGCCAUUAUGAUAGUUUCAGUGGUUGCUACAACAGGAUUGAUCUCACCAAUAGUAAAGUUCCUUUAUGAUCCUUCGAAGAGGUUUGUUGCUUACAAGAGGAGGACACUUCUGCAUAGCAGAAGCAACGAUGAACUUCGCAUACUUGCAUGCAUACAUCAACAAGAAGAUGUUCACUCUAUUAUCAGCCUCCUUCAAGUAUCUAAUACCACAAGAGAUUCGCCUAUAAAUUUGGUAGUUCUCCAUCUUGUCAAGCUGACAGCCCGUGCCUCUUCUCUACUUAUUGCCCACAGACAACGGGACAAGCCUCCUCGUAAUCCUACUGAAUCCGAACGGAUUUUUAAUGCUUUCAAAACAUUUGAACAGCAUUAUCCUGGAUUUUUUCGGGUACACUGCUACAAGGGUAUCUCCCCUUUCAUGACAAUGCAUAACGAUGUAUGCACUCUAGCUCAAGAAAAGAGAACGACUCUCAUUAUUCUUCCAUUUCGCAAGCAAUGGACCAGUGGGGACACGAUGCAAUCAUCGCGUGCAUACAGGCAUCUCAACAAAUGCGUAUUCGACCAGGCUCCUUGUUCUGUUGGGAUUCUGAUUGAUCAUCGAAUCGUGAAAUCCCCAUAUGUGAUAACCGAACAUUCAGCAUUUCGUGUUGUAUUGCUCUUCUUUGGAGGGGUAGAUGAUCGAGAAGCAUUAGCAUAUGCGCAACGGAUGUCAGAUCAUACUUGUGUUAGGCUAACUGUCCUACGGUUUACAACUCCAAGCCCGAUUGAAAUUGUUGGAGGUACAGAACGGAGCAAAAUCCUUGACGCUGAUAUUUUGACUGACUUCAAGCUCAGAACGCAACACACUGAGGACAUAACAUACAGAGAAAAGACGGUGACCAGUGGAAUGGAUGUAAUUAUGGUGGCCAGAUCAGUAGUAAAUGCGUAUAAUCUUGUUAUGGUUGGCAGACGACACGGGGACUCACCAAUUAUGCUUCAGCUUGCAAAGUGGAACGAGCGUGGGGAGUUGGGAGCAAUCGGUGAAUUACUAGCUGCCUCAGAAUUGAAAGGCGAGGCUUCAAUUUUAGUGGUACAACAGCAGACUAGAGUAUGGGGACUCAGAGACCCCGAGGAAUCUACACAUUUAGAAGAAUUAAGUUAUAGGUUGUAUUGCUACUUGUAUUAG